CGUCACGGCCUGCGCCUCACCCUUUGGCCCCGUCUGCGCGACCGGUGACCCUUUUCGGCCCGUCGCUGGGAAGCUCUCCGCGGCGUCGAAGGGAAAGAAGUUCCUCCGUUCCAGUCACAUUGACCCCAGCCCUGCGUCCUCUCUUCUUCACGGACCUGGCGAUUGCGGCGCGUUCUGAUUUCAGAUAACCCUGUGUCAAGACAGGUGGAGACUGUGCCAUCAUGUAGAUUCCUAAGCUGUCCUGACAUGGUCUUUGCAUCAAGGAAAAGAGUGUUCAAGCAAAUUGCACCAUCAGCCUCACAGGAUGGCAGCCAUUGAUUUGUCCCACAGUUGUGGUCCUUCUGGGGACCCAAUCUGCCUUUACAAAGAAAAGAUACCAGCAGCAAGGAUGGUUACUGACUCUUUGAUAAAUUGUAAUCAGGACCCAGUGACAUUUGAGGAUGUGUCUAUGCACUUCACUCAAGAAGAGUGGAUUUUAUUGGAUCAAACUCAGAAAAGCCUGUUCAGAGACGUGAUGUUGGAGAACUACAAGAACCUGGAGUCAGUAGGAUACCAGCUGUCCAAACCCAGCUUGAUUUCUUGGCUGGAGGAGGAAGAGUUGAGGACAGUGCAGAGAGGAGUUCUCCGAGACUGGCGACUUAAAACCAAAGGACCAGCAAGCCAGUGGAGUGUUUGUUGGUUAAAAACAUCAGAUGGGAUACAAAUGGCAGGAAGAUACAGUAGGGUGCAACCCAGUGAUGGUAAGCAGUGUGGAGACAUCUCUAGUCAACACUCACACCUUAAGCCACACAUGAGAACUCAGAAUCCAAGGAACACUUCUGACUAUAACUAUGGAAAAAACUUUUCUACUCUGCACAAGAAAAUCUCUGCUAGAGAGAAACUUUCUGGGUUGAGUCAGUGUGGAAAACCCUUUAUCCUCAUUCCAAAUGGUGCUUCCCAGAGAAUGUGCAUGAAAGACAAACUUUUGGAAUCCAGUGACUGUGGAAAAGUGUUCCUUAAUCAGUCACACCUUCAGGCACACAAGACAACUCACAAUGGAGAAAAACUUAAUGAACAGAAACAGUGUGGGAGAGCGGUUACUCACUCCACAAGCCGUCCUGCACCUGUUCAAAAGCACACUGUAAAAAAACCUUGCGAAUGUAAGGAAUGUGGAAAAGUCUUUAGAUAUCCUUCCCGUCUUAAUCGCCACAUGCGAAUUCACACUGGGGAGAAACCCUACAAAUGUAAGGAAUGUGGAAAAGCCUUCACUGAGCGCUCACAGCUCACUAAUCAUGAACGAACACAUACUGGAGAGAAGCUCUAUAAAUGUAAGGAAUGUGGGAAAGCCUUCACUAGGUUUAAACAGCUAACUGAACAUUUAAAUACUCACAUGGGGGAGAAGCCUUUUGGAUGUAAAGUAUGCAGAAAAUCCUUUAGUAAUUCCUCAUCCCUUAACCACCACAGUCAAAUUCAUACUGGAAUAAAACCCUAUAAAUGUAAGGACUGUGGAAGAACCUUCAUUUGGCGCUGUAUCUUUACUAGACAUGUACAAACUCACACUGGAGAGAAGCCCUAUAAAUGUAAGGAUUGUGGGAAAACUUUCUUUGGGCGCUCUGACCUUACUAAACAUGUGCGAAUUCAUACUGGACAGAAGCCCUAUGACUGUAAGGAAUGUGGAAAAACAUUCACUUGGCUUUACCAACUAACUGAACAUUUAAAUAGUCACACUGGGGAGAAGACCUUUGAAUGUGAGGUAUGUGAGAAAUCUUUUAGUAAUUCCUCCUCCCUUAAUCAUCACAGUCAAAUUCACACUGGGGUAAAACCCUAUAAAUGUAAGUACUGCGGGAAAACCUUCACUUGGCGUUCUAACCUUACUAUACACGUGCGAACUCACACUGGAGAGAAGCCCUAUAAAUGUAAGGACUGUGGAAAAGCCUUCAUUGUGCGCUCUGAUCUUACUAAACAUGUACGAAUUCAUACUGGAGAGAAGCCCUAUGCAUGUAAGGAAUGUGGGAAAGCCUUUACUUUUUGCUCUGCCCUUACUAAACAUAUGCGAACUCACACCGGAGAGAAGCCCUAUGUAUGUAAGGAAUGUGGGAAAGCGUUUUAUGCUUCCUCAAAUCUACGUAUACAUGCCAGAAUUCACACUGGAGAGAAACCAUAUAAAUGUCAGGACUGUGGGAAAGCCUUCAUUGUGAGCUCUGACCUUAAUAAACAUGUACAAACUCAUACUGGAGAGAAGCCCUACAUAUGUAAGGACUGUGGGAAAGCCUUUUCUGGUCGCUCAGGACUUAAUAAUCAUCAACGAGUACAUGCUGGAAAGAAGCCUUAUGAAUGUAAGGAAUGAGGGAAAGGAUUCACUUUCUGCUCUGCCCUUAGUAACAUACAUGAACUCACACUGGAGAGAAGCCUUAUAUAUGAAAGGAAUAUGGGAAAACCUUUUGUUUCCUCAAAUCUAAGUAUACAUGUAAGAAUUUACAUUGGAGAAAAACCCUGUAGAUGUAAGGAAUGAAGGAAAGCCUUCUGCACUUCCUCAAACCUACCUACCCAUGUAAGAAUUCACACUGGAGAAAACCCUUUAAAUAUAAGCAUGUGGGAAAGCUUACAGUAGGUUUCAUUCACUAACAACAUUGAGAAUUUCACAAUGACCCGUUGAAAGUAAAGAAUGUUGAAAACCCUUUAGGAAGUCCUUAUGCCUUAAUUAACAAUAUUGAAAUUCACACUGGUGAGAAACCAUAGUGUAAGGAUUAUAGCAAAACCCUCAGUUGUUCCCUUUUGUUUCGAAGACAUGAAACAAGUAACACUCUGAAGAUGCCCCAUGGAUUUAAGAACUGUUGGAGAUCCAUUGGAAUCUCAUCAUAAUCCAGCAUGGAAGAACUCACCCUGGAGCCAUAAAAUGUAGGAAACAUGGAAACCCUUCACUAUUUCCAUGGGUUUUUAAAAAAUAUGUGAGAUCUCUCCAUGGAGAGAAACCCUAUCAACGUAAGAUAGUUGGAAAACUUGCAAUUCUGCUAAAUAGUUGGACAUUCACCUGUGAUGUCACAGUGUAGAAAAUCUUUAUGGAGGUAGGAAAUGUUGGAAAGUCAUCAUUUUGUACAUAUAUUUCUCAACCUUCAGUUAUCAUAUAGUGAUUCAAAUUAAAGAGAAACUCAAGGAAUGGAAUAUUGGAAUAGUUGCCCUGUGUACUGAAAUCUUGUCUGCUGACAGACAAUACUUCACCCAGUUAACCUGAACUUUUUCUGUGAAGAUGUUUGUAGACUGGUGCACCUAAGGCACAGAUUUGUCAGAAAAUGUUUUUUGCUUUUAUUUGAUAUUUUUGGUUCUGUUACAUGCCUGAGCUUGCUGGCAGCUCAGCUCAUGAUCCUAAGUGUCAGCUAAAACAUAACAGCUCUACACAAUAUGCAUAUAGGAAAAUAUGAUAGAGGUUGCUACUGUGUUAUUCUGAAAAUUGAUAAAAACAUUUUUUUUUUUUUUUUUUUGGCUUUACAGGAGGCACCUGAGCAUUCUCCCACUGCCUUCCGCUCCCUACUAUAGCUCUCUGUCUUGACCUCAUUACUACUACUUGGGUUCACAGGAUACCACUAGUCUUUACAUAUAUUUUACUAACUUGUCAGUUUAUACUCUUGAACAGUAUAAUUGCAGAUCUUCCUUGAUCAUAAUCAAAAUCAUACUUUUAGCCCACUUUAUAAUUCUACAAAGAUAUUAUUGACUACCUAAUAUUUCAAAUUUAUUUUCUUGAGUAAUGGCAUAUAUAAUGGAAAAGUUCAUGGGCAGGACUACAACUUCUGCUUGUGCUUCUAUGGGCAGUUCUUCAUCCUGCUCAUAAUAAUACAUUUUCUGUGUUGUUUAGGGUAACUUAUACCCUCCUGUUUGUCAAUCUCCACUGUCAUCAUCCCAGAGGUCCUUAGUGUGAUGUCAAACCAUCAGAGGACCAACUUGUAUUAUGUUUAUGAAUCCCUAUAUGUUUUGACAUUUUGGGGGGUCUUGCUGGCUAGGGGGAGACUCACCCCCCAACCCCUGGACAGGUCGUUCUGCUUGGGAGCACACAUUUCACAUGUAAACCAACCAAUCCAAAUCUUAUAUCCCCAGCUAGACCGGUAAGGGGAUCGCAACCCUUGGCAUGGUGUGGUCUGCACCACGCCCAGCCAGUGAGCGCACUGGCCAUCCCUAUAUAGGAUCUGGACUUGCAGCCUUGAUACCACCAGCACCGCACUCUCCCGAGUGCGCCACGGGGCCAGCCCCCCCCCCCCCAGCCACUUUUAAAAAUUAACUCUGGCACACUAAGCAAAUAUUUCCCCUGGUAUGUCAGCCCAGGGUAAGGCACUAGGGACAUCUAUGCCUGUGAGCCUGCCUGAAUUAUUCACAGUAACAGAUCCUAAAUAUUUUGUCCUGUCCUACCUUGACUUUUUGGUGUAAAUCCCAAUAAAGACUGGCCUGUACUUUUCUGCUCUCUCAUGUUCUGCAUCCUAUUGAACUAUCUCCUCUUGGUAUUAUGAAUAAUAAACUUUUCUUUCAGUGGUAUGAACCUCUUCCACUUAAGCUCCUCCUAAAUGAAUCAGCAACAUGCUAAUGAGGGCCAGACCACUGGACUGUAUAUUGUACAGUGGGUACCUAUUGUAGAGUGUGAAAAAGAGCAUCAGCAAGACUUAACCAUAGGAGAAAUCAAUGGCUGCCAUCCUGUGAGGCUGAUGGUGAAAUGUGCCUGAACACUGUGCAGAUGCCCAGAUCACUUCAGGGCAGCUUACAAAUCUAAGUGGAUAGAGCCAACCUCCAUCCUUCUUUAUACAGGGUUAUUUGGAGGCCUGUUUAUAACAGUUAAUAAUCAACAGUCAUCAAACACCAUACAUUAGUUUUGUCUGCAGAUGAGCUGUAAACUGUUUUGCAGGUCAUGUGUAUUUCCGAUUACAUUUUAUCAGGAAGACAUAUAUUUAUAAUGUCUUUCUGUUAGUGAUGCUAAGUUUGAUACUUGCUUAGGGUGAUGAUUAUGAGAUCACUCUACUGUAGAAAUAGUCUUUUAAGUAAUGUACACAGUUAAUUUCUUUUUUUCACUUUGCUUUUGCCAGGCUAUUAGGGCUAUUUUGCUAAUUUCCUGGAUGUUCACACUCCAAAAAGUUUUAUAUCUCCAAUUCCUGAACUGGGAAUCAAACUGGAGCCGCAUGAGUGCAAAAACAGAAUAUUAACCAUCAGACCACGGGCUGAAGUUGAUAUUUUUAUACUCAGAGCAUCUUAUUCCCCAGCAACCUUUCUUUUAAAUAGCUUGGACAUCCUGAGUAACCUAUAGUGAGUAAAAUUCUGUUUCUUUUGCACUUGUGGAGAUGUAUUUUCAGGGUAAUUUUUAAGGUUGGAUGUCUAGAUCAAAGGGCAAAAGCACAUUUAAUUUUACCAUACAUCAAAUUUUUUCCCUCUCACGGAUCUUGUACCAGUUGACAGUGUAUUAGUCUGUUUCUGUUGCUUAUAACAAAAUACCUGGAACUGGGUAAUUUAUAAAGAAAACAAAAUUUAUUGCUUAGUUUUGGAGGCUGGGAAGUCCAGAGAACACAUCUGGUGAAGCCCACGUUGGCAGUGACAGUGUUGCAUGAGUAACGUAGCAGAAUGAUGGAGCAGAGAGAAUUAAUGCGCCCUUCUUUUAAAGCCUUCAGAACCAUACCCAUGACCACCAUUAAACCAUUCACUAUGGCAGGGUUCUCUUAAUCUGAUCACCUCUUCAAGGCCCCACCUUUCAAGUACCCUAAUAAGAAUUUCCCACCCUCUUAGCACUGUCAUAGUGGGGACCAAACCUCCAACUCAUUAAACUUUGGGGGGACACAGUUCAAUCCACCACAGGCAGUUUUUUAAUCCACUUUAAAAAUUUUUGUUUAAAAACUCUCCUGAAGGAAAGUAAGGAACAGAUUUUAGUUUUAACUGCGAGGCACUUGUUUACAAGAAGAAAGUCAAUAAAAUUGAUAAAAAUCACUUUCAUCUGGAGUAAGAAUACUCAAAAUUACUGUGAGACUGAACAUAACUUACUCCAUCUUGAAAGGUCUUGCCAUAUGCUUAUGUCCUUUGUGUGAACCUGCCCACAGCAGUCAUACAGUAACCAGCGGUAAGGUAGUUUAGAACAACAGGCAGAGAAGGGACCUAAUGAUUAAGUACUGGUAUGCCCACAGCUGAUCAGGCUACCUGGACCACAAGACUACCAAAGAUAAGAAUCACUGUCAUAAGACAUUUGAAGUUAGUCACGUUAGCUUGUUCCUUAGUAAUUGCUUAUUGGCUUUUUCUACUGCUUUGUGUGAACUGUUUGUAUAAACUUGGGAAGUGAGUUAGAGAAACUGUGUAAGCUCCUGGUUUGUCACCCACCCAAUGAAUUAUCCUUUAAGUAAAUUACUCUCAAUUAAAAUUCUUUGCCUUACUGCA